GCAAGCUACACACUAAAAGAGAAACAUAAUAUUUUAUUAACAAUAUGAUAAUUCCUGUUAUAGAUUUCAGUGUGGAAAAGUUGAAACCUGGAUCGGAAUCAUGGAUUUGGGCUUCGAAAGAAGUUGUGUAUGGAUUGGAAGAGUAUGGAUGUGUGGAAAUUAUGUACGAAAAGUUUCCAAUUGAGCUUCACAAUUCUAUAUUUGAUGCAGCCAAACAAGUAUUAAAUCUUCCCGAAAAAGCAAAAAAACAGAGAGUGAGUGAUAGGCCUGGCCCAAAGAGCUAUAUUGUUGUAAACAAUAAUAAUCAUGUUGCAGAUAAUGAUGAUCAUGAUGAUGAUGAUGAUGAUGAUGAAGCUAAAGAUGUUCCACCCUUCCAAAACAUCGCAAUAGAUAAUCCAACCACUCUACAAGGAGCUCAAUCUUUCACCAACAUUAUGUGGCCUCAAGGAAAUCAUAAUUUCUGUGAAAGUGUGAUGUGUUUCUCAAAACGGUUAGAAGAAAUAUAUGAAAUAGUGAUGAGAAUGGUGUUUGAGAAGUAUGGUGUGGAUCAAGGUGAUCGAUUCGAGUCGUUUAAGAAUUCAAGUUUUCACCUAUUACGAAUGGUGAAAUACAAAGUUCGAGAAAAGGGUGACUCUAACGUUGCAUUGAUUGAUCAUAGAGACAGUACCAUCUUAUCCAUUCUUCAUCAAAAUCAAAUCAACGGUCUUCAAAUCAAAACAAAACAUGGUCAUUGGAUUCCUGUUCUAAAACCUAAUUCCACUUCAUCUUUUAUAGUCCUUGCAGGAGAAGGACUCAUGGCAUGGAGCAAUGACAGAGUGCGUGGAUGCGAGCAUCGUGUGAUGUUAAAUGACUUAAUGGAAAUGAAGAAUAAGGAGAGAUAUUCAGUUGCACUAUUUACAUUUAUAAAUGGAGUGGUUGAUGUUCCUAAAGAGUUUGUGGACGAUGAACAUCCAUUACGUUAUAAACCAUUUGAUCAUUUCGAAUUCAAUCGUUACUAUCAUCAUAUUGAUUCGCCUGAUCAUCCCCAACAACCCAAUAAGAGUCUUAAUCCUCUUAUUAGGCGUACUAUCAAGACUUUUUGUGGUAUUUGAAGAUCAUGAACAUCAUCACACAUUAUUAAUUAUCAUGCUUAAUUUUAUGAUGAUGAUGAUGACUGAUCAUGCUCAAUGUUUAUAUAUAUGUGUGUGGUGCACUAAUAAAAAAUAUAUAUGCAUUCAUAUUUUACGUUUUGUCAUUUUUGUAUGUAACUUCGUAUGGAGUUGUGCUUACUCCAAAUAAGACUCGCUUAAUUAAAUUGAAUGUGUUAACGUUUUAUGUGAUUAUAUUUGUUUUUUAUACUUUUCUUACUACACAUAUAUAAAUACUACAUGAUCAUGUUAAAAAAUAACACACACUCCAAAUACUAAAUUGCA